AUGGAUGAAAAAAUUAUUGUAACGUCUCAUCCACGUUACGGCUAUUUUUAUGACAUCAAGACUACUGACAAAACUGUCCCCAUAAUUCCUGAUCUUGGGGUUUCGCGGAAAAGCGUUUUUGAUGAAGUAAAAACACCAGCUUACAAGUAAGUUAUGAGAUAUCAUUUACUAUGGAGUAAACACCAGACGUUUAACCUUCGCCAGCUGGUCUGAAUGCCGGAAUGCAAAGCUUGGGAAAAUUCUAAGCUAGAGAUCGUAGACGAUUAGUUUUGCUCACGAUGCCGCGUUAGUCAAGCCCAUUUAACGAAUCGUGCUUCCCUUUACGUUUGGCCGUGCUUUUUAUAGCACUGAGUGAUUUCUUAAACAUAGUGCGGAAGAUAAGCUAAGAUACGGCGUUGCUUGACUUUUCAACUGAAUAUUUGUAAAACAUCUAUGAUUUCUUAUUUAAGUUAAAAGUACAUACUAAAAAUCGCCUGGAGUUGUCCGUAAAAAAUUUGGUGCUAUUUAGAGUAUUCUCGAGGUUAGUUGUUGUCUAAGAUCUAUAGAAGAUAACUAUAAAAUUAAAUAAUAAUUAUAAUGUGGAUAUUAGGAGAUGGUCAUCUUGAUCAUAACGCAAUCUUUAAAAUCUAAAAUAUUUUGAGAAGUGUUGGGUCAUGUUUCGCAACUAGAGCCACAAUAUGGCUCUUGUUCGGAAACAACUCGUAUUAAAUUGCACGUUCCUCGGGUCUAUGGGGUCAAACCGCACGGAGGAGGGGAAUGAUGAAUUUUAGGGUGUAAUUAAGAAAUUUAUGAUGAGCUAUAACUCACGGUAGAUGAUAAAUCAAAUAUUCAUUUAUAUUUAAUGGGACAUAUAACUACUAUCUUUAAAAUAUAAAUUUUGGCAAGAAAAAAAAAACUAUAGCGAAGAAAAAGAUCAAAGUUACUUGAAAUCCAAACAUUGGUUCAGUAUUAAUUUUCUAGCAAAUUUGUGACUGAGUUCUUUGGUCAUUUCAGGCUUUUAAUUGAAGUUUGCCCAAAAAGGGAAUAAAGGACAUGUACUGCAAAAAGGCGUCGCGUCAAUUGGUCUAAAAAAAUACUCAGUUCUCCAAUUCAUCCUCGAUUUGUAGCAUAUGCUUGUUCCGCGAACUGGCUGUCAGUUUUACCCUCCGCUGACAGAACUCAAAUGUAUUGCAGCGAAUUUCCGUGCGAGUCUAAAGCUUUUAGUCAGAAAGUGAAAAGGUCUGUUUUGUUUUAGAAAGACAUUGUACCAAUUUUGUUGAAACCACGCUCAAAUAAUGGUUGCAUAAACAGCUAUUCCGUCUAACACAGAAAAUUUUUCAGAACUUUUACUCAGUAAGGUAUCAUAGGACGCUAUUCAGAACAAAGAUUUGCAUAGAAAACGCUUUGCAAAGCGUGAUGUUUUGUUAUCAUUUAUUCCUCAGGGACUACACCGUAUUACCUUUCAGUUUGUCAUGGCUUAUGAGUUUGUUUCUAGUCUGCACUACUUAAUUAGUUCGCGUUGCUUUAACAGCGGCUUGUGUCCCUCUUUAAAUUCCAAACACGUCUCCAAUAACUUCUGUUUACAAACGACUCGUGGCAAAUUUAUGAAAUGAAGUUUUCAUUUUCUUAGGACUUCUUUUACCAAGUUUUUCAUACAAAGUCAAUAGUAAAAAAAAGGUAAUGGAGUAUGGCUUAGAUUAGCUUCUGGUUGUUGAACUUCAUAGCUUUUCAGGACAGCAACUAUAAUGUCUACAGGGCAGUAAGACAGCUCAUACGAUAAACGAGUUUAUGCAAAGACUAAUAAAAAGUAUGUAGCAGUUUAUGAAAUUAUAACCCUCUCAUUCAGUCAUCAAGCUUGUCUACAGUAGCCACUGUUUGCUUGUAGAUUAGUUGGUUGGGAACACACGUCUCCAUUGUUUGUUCUUUUAUUGACAUUCAAGGGGGGUUGGGGGCGUCGAAAAUUUGAAAAAUAGAUAUUUAAUUGACUGAAUCACUUGUUCUGUUGGUUAUCAGCCUCAGUUCGUAUUCUCAGACUUCCAAGUGCCAGUUAUUUUGACGGAGUUUAGCUUCAAUUCAACAAACCGCGUAACAAAACAGCCGAACUAUCUGAACACAGUGUACUGUGGGCAAUAUUUAUAAUAUAGCCUAGACUAGCGAUAGACCUCACAUCUAUCUGCUUAAAAAAAUCGGCACUUGUAAAGGGGCCUGUAGAGAGUCAUUGCCUGUCUCAAUGUUUGCCAAGUUCUCAUUUGCACCCUUGUAAAUUUCCUAUUGAAUAUUGUCGGAGAGUUUUAUAAUGUAUGGUGAAAUAACAAGAAAUUUAUCUUGAGUUAUCACGUUUUUUCUACACCUAGAAGCAUAGAUCCGUCUGGCAAAAAAAGGAUUAUGCCACCCUUCAUUCACCCAUAAUUCUUUCCCGUAGUUCCACGCUUCUAGAGGUGAGAAUUGUAAAAAAGUCUGAUCUGACGAAGAAAAAUAUAAAGUUGCAUUAUUGCCCGAUCAUGAUGGAGACGUAAUCAUUAUGGCUAGCUUGAAAAACUUACAUUUUGAGCCGAAAUCCUAUGAUAUGAUGGCUUAGAAAAAAAAGCAAAUGACAUCAGUUUCAAUGUGACCACUAGCUCUUAAUAACAUUUAGUCUUUGUAGCGCAAGGGUAGUAACUUCGUCCUCAGUUAAUUUACGAUCCAAGUAGUACUGAUAUAAGCAGGGGAGGCAAAGUUUGGAUGUGGAUUCAGGAUUCUUUGUCAAUGCAACAUGGAUCCCAAUCCUUAGCGGGAUUCCGGAUUCUUUAGAUGUGGGCUGGUGAAACUAUUAGUUUGCUGAACUCUCUUACCAAUGACAGAGAUCGGAACAUUUAAGCCCAAUCUUAAAAUUUCUUACCAUCAGACUCUCAUCAUCCCUUGGAAAACCUGUAACAUUUUAUUCCUUUUAUUGUCAAACUACAGAAAACAAUACAACGUUUUUCGAGACUUCACCAUUGGACGCUCAUCCCCAGUCUGGAAUGUGAGCAACGCAGCGAUGAAAGCGUCACCUAGUGAACGCCUGGUUUAUCUUUCACAACACAAGAAAUUUCACACAGACUAUAAGCCCUGCCGACCGGUUCAGACUACGGUUUCCUUAGCUGCACAAAAGGCUUCUGCCUCAGAGCGAAUUGAAAACCUCUCCGUUUCCAAGAAAAGAGCUACUAUUGUGGAACGUGAGUGGAUUAUAAAGAAAGGGGCGCUCACCUCACGGGCCUCUCAAAGAGUACAGGAAUUGUCUCAUGCUAAAGGAGUCCCACUGGGCUUUACACCAGACAAAGUUGAAGUGUGGCAAGUGUCGAAAGCCGCUUUAAAAGCCAAGCCAUCUAAGCGAAUCGAUGAUCUGUCCCUGCCAAUAAAACGCGAAAUAGCAGCAAAUUUACCAAAUGCAGACGCCUUUGAAGUGAGCAAGGCGGCACAAAAAGCAAGGUGUUCGGAUAGACUAGCCGAAUUGGCCCAACCAAUUAUGAGAGGAUAA